AUGCGCUUCACUUCGACCAUCCUCGCCAUCAUCCUCGCCUCCACCGCCCUGGCGAACCCCCUAGCCCAGAGCAACAACGAUGACGCCAACAUCUUCCCAAACUUCAAGAACUACGAUGAUUGGGCCAUUUGCAAAAGCAAAAUCACCAAAAAACGUUUCCCGCAUCUACAGGCCCCAAACAAUAAUGGCGGCUGCGUUCGCUACUAUCAGGGAAUUGACAUGACAGGCGUCGUCACAGAGCUUCACUUCUUCUUCAAGGACGGCUUCAAGACUGCCUGCGACUGCGCCGCCAAAUGCCUCGAGAGCCCAAAGACCUGUACGAACUGGGUGUGGAAACACACUUUUAUGUCUGGGGAUGGCGGCAAGAGGUCGUGCACUCUGUACAGCAGUCCCAAUCUGCCGGCUGGCGUGACGCUUGAUUACAAUACGGCAAAGAGCAAAGGCUUUGCGCCGCUGCAGGCUGGGAAUAAUCCACAGGUUGGAGCGCCGGCCCCGUUGACUUUCUUGGAUAAGGCGGGGACUAAGCCGGAUAAGUUUGGCGUGUCUGGUUUUACGGUCCAGGAUCAGAAUGGAAGACUGUAUUGUUAA